UCAUUCAUCUUGAAAAUGGACAACUCUUGCGCCACUCUAUACCCAGAAGCAACAUGUGUGCUGACUACAAACGAGAGGCAGUUCAAGAUGCUGAACCAAACUGUUGGGAAUGGUCAAGUCCGGGGACACCAACGUGUCCCUUCAGACACCAAAGAAUUUCACGAAGCAACAAAGCGCGACGCAUUAAUUCGGUUGCGAAAGGACUUGGACAAUCUAUUGCAAACCGGCGAUGAUGCGAAGAAACAGAUUUUGCAGAAAGAAAUGUGCGGCUUUGAAGCACUUUUCCAUCGAUUUCUGCAGGAAGAUGGCCCUUCCGUGGAAUGGGAUCGAAUUCAAAAGUUACCACAAGAUGCUGUCAAGGAUUACUCCAGUCUGAGAACGCCUCAGGAAUCCGAAAUUCGUCAAAUGUUGGACAAAUUGGUCGUAAUCAAAUUGAAUGGCGGCCUAGGUACUUCUAUGGGUUGUCACGGGCCAAAGAGUGUGAUUCCCGUGCGGAAUGAUCUAACAUUCCUUGAUUUAACAGUGCAGCAGAUUGAACACUUGAACAAAACAUACAGUGCCAACGUACCGUUGGUGUUGAUGAAUUCUUUCAAUACCGAUGAUGACACGGAGAAGGUCAUUCGCAAGUACAAAGGCUUCCAGGUUCAGAUCUACACAUUCAAUCAGAGUUGCUACCCACGUAUCAGUCGCGACUCGUUGCUGCCGGUUGCAAAGGAUUUCAACAUCGAAAGUGAUAUCGAAGCGUGGUACCCCCCAGGUCACGGAGAUUUCUACCAAUCGUUCCAAAACUCGGGACUGCUCAAAAAGUUCCUUGACGAAGGACGCGAAUAUUGUUUCCUGUCAAAUAUCGAUAACUUGGGUGCGACGGUAGAUAUUAACAUCCUAAAUCGUUUGCUGGGUGAUGAUCGUCAAGGAAACAAACCAAUCGAGUUCGUUAUGGAGGUCACUGACAAAACUCGCGCCGACGUUAAGGGUGGUACUUUGAUUCAGUACGAGAACAAAUUGCGGUUGCUGGAAAUUGCUCAGGUCCCUAAGGAACACGUGGACGAUUUCAAGUCCGUAAAGACGUUCAAAUUUUUCAACACCAACACUAUUUGGGCUCGUUAGUCCAUUGAUCGUGUGCUGAAUGCACGAACUAUGAAUAUGGAAAUCAUCGUGAACAACAAAACGCUGGAUAAUGGAAUGCGAGUGAUCCAAUUGGAGACCGCUGUCGGUGCGGCCAUGAAAUGUUUCGAUGGCGGCAUUGGUAUCAAUGUACCACGAUCUCGUUUCUUGCCUGUCAAGAAAACAUCCGAUCUGCUUUUGGUUAUGUCGAACCUGUACAGCUUGAAGUACGGAUCACUAGUUAUGUCACCACAACGUAUGUUCCCCACGACACCCUUGGUCAAACUUGGAGACAAUCAUUUUAGCAAAGUCAAAGAAUUCCUCGGCCGUUUCGCUAAUAUCCCUGACUUGAUAGAAUUGGAUCACCUUACGGUGUCUGGAGAUGUGACAUUUGGUCGCGGUGUGUCCCUCCGUGGUACUGUGAUCAUCAUUGCCAACCAUGGUGAUCGUAUAGAUAUUCCGGCUGGAGCAAUUUUAGAGAACAAAAUUGUGUCUGGUAAUAUGCGCAUUCUUGAUCACUAAUCAGGUGUUUCCGUGUCGUUUCUAAUGAGGCCCAACAUCGUAUAUCUGCUGUGAGAGAACGCCGACAUAAAGCGCACCAUAGAAAACAUAUUUAAAGAGCUUCUUAAAAGCAAUUAUGUCACCCAGUGUAGCAAUAAUAUGUGCAAAAGUUUUGAACUUUUUCAUUUAAGAA